CCGAGUGCGGCGGUGGGUGGGAGUGUGGCGGAGUCCUUUCCCCCUCCCCGCUCCAUCCUUGCGCAAUGUUUUGCCCGGGUCUCUGGCCCCCGCGCAGCCAAUGCGGCUCCCGCAGGAAGCCACGUGGAGCCACCCCAGCCUUCCCCCCCACGGGCCGCCCCCUUUCUCCUCCUCCUCCUUCUCCUCCUCCUCCUGCCAUCGCUGGGCAGCCAUGGCCACCGAGAGCCCGCUGGAAACUCUGCAGCGGGAGAUCACCUGCUCCAUCUGCCUGAGCUACUUCAAGGAGCCGGUGUCCAUCGAGUGCGGCCACAACUUCUGCCAGGCGUGCAUCGCGCAGUGCUGGGGCAAGGCGGACGCCGAGACCACCUCGUGCCCGCAGUGCCGCCGCUGGUCGCGCAAGAGGAGCUUCAGGCCCAACCGGGAGCUGGGCAACGUGGUGGAGGUGGCCAAGCGGCUCCGGCUGGACGCGGCCGCCACGCUGGCCGGCCAGCGGCUGUGCGAGAAGCACCAGGAGCCCCUCAAGCUCUUCUGCGAGGAGGACGAGACGCCCGUCUGCGUCAUCUGCAGGGAGUCCCGGGCGCACAAAGCCCACCCCAUGCUCCCCAUCGAAGAGGCGGCGCAGGACUACAAGGUGACGGCCGGCUGGGUGGGUGGAUGGGGGGCAGCAGAAAUGGGGAGGCAAAAGCAGCCCACCGCCCUGUCCCCCAGAAUAAUAAUACAGUGGUACCUCGGGUUAAGAACUUGAUUGGAGGCAAAAAUGGGGAGAAAUGCGGAGGCAAAAGCAGCCCACCGCCCUGUUCCCAAUAAUAAUAAUAAUAAUAAUACAGUGGUACCUCGGGUUAAGAAUGGGCGGGGUAUAAAUAAUAAAUUAUUAUCAUUAUUAAAGGAUCUAAAAAUAUAUGCACACAGAAUGCGCUUUUUGAUACUUUGCAAUACUUUUCAAAAAUACCUUCCAAAUGAGAAUGGAUUUACAGUGGUACCUCUUAACCUGAAACUGUGCUUAACCUAAGGUACCACUUUAGCUAAUGGGGCCUCCCGCUGCUGCUGCUGCCGCCGCCACGCGAUUUCUGUUCUCAUCCUGAAGUAAAGUUCUUAACCGGAGGUACUAUUUCUGGGUUAGCAGAGUCUGUAACCUGAAGCGUAUGUAACCCGAGGUACCACUGUAAUAUAAUAAUAAUAAUAAUAAUAAUAAUAAUAUACCCUGCUCAUCUGGCUGGGUUUUCCCAUCCACUCUGGGCGGCUUCCAACAAAAUAUUAAAAUUCAAUGAUUAUUCCGUUAUUCCUGCAUGGCAGGGGGUUAGGCUAGAUCAGGCAUGUCCAAAGUCCAUUUCGGGGGGCCUAAUCUGGCCUGCUGGUUGGUUUAAUCCGCCCCCCCUCCCCGUGGCAGUUUAUUUCCUGGGGUGAAAUCCUAAAAAACCCUCAACAACUUAAAUCCUUAAAAAAGCAACUUCAACCCUAAAAAAAAGGUAAACAACUUUAGUUGGCCCUCACGGCCCUUCACUUCAUCAAAUCUGGCCCUCUUUGAAAAAAGUUUGGACACCACUGGGCUAGAUUGUCCUCAGGGUCCCUUCCAACUCUUGGUUUCUAUGGCGAUCCUCUGCUUAGUCAUGCACACCAGGCGCCGGCAGCCUUGAGGCUUCUGCUUAGCAUGUUUUUUUGUUCUUACCGGAGCACCCAAGCUGUGCCAGCCACAGCUAGAUGGGAAGGAUAUGCAGGUAGAAGUAAAGUUUCCGGGGUGGGGGGUGGGGAGCAUGCUUGGAUGUGUUGCAGAAAAACCAGGAAGGGUCUUGGGCGCCUGAAAGAUGACCAAAUGAAUGACAUUCAUGACUUCUUGAAAACUACGGCCUGGGCCUGCUUGGUCAGGUCUGACCUCACAAUCCCUCACUCAUCCAUACACAGGACACGUGAGAAUUUCUCUCUGGCCAUCUGGUGACGUGGUCCACGAAAGCUUGUGAAAUAAUUAAGGCAGGUUUUGGGAACCUUUGGCUCUCCAGAUGUUGCGGAAUGGCAAUCUAUGAGAUGGGAGCUGUAGUUCUGCAAACAUCUGGAGGGCCAUAGGUUCCCAAAACCUGCUUUAAGGUGCUAUUAGAUUCUUUGUCGUUCUUCGUUUCUGCAUAUGUUUUCCUGAGCGCUGACUUCUAUCUUCUGACUUCUGUCAUGUGAUCAUAUUAUAAAGUAGUUGUGCUCUGUGAUACAAAUCAAGCACUGCUAGGAGUUGUUUCUUUUUUGUUUCCCAGUAUAUUUCUUACCAAAUAGAAAAUUAGGUGUGGUGUAAGGAAAUUUUUAUUCUGCAAGCGUGGCCCAGCGAAAAAGGUUUGAGAAGCACAGCUGGGCUAGCAGUUUACUCUUGAGUCUCUGUGGCUCAAAUCUGUCUCAGGUCUCUCUCACAGCAAGCAAUUUCCAGUCUCCUAUUUCCCCUGGUAACAGUCUUGUUCAGUGUUUUGUAUUUGCCAAGGCAAAUCAUCACCUUUCUCCCAGUUCUGUCUUCAGAGGAAUGAGAGUGGGAGACUCACUUAUCCAAGGAUGUGAUGAAUCACCCUGGUACAAGAUAAGAGAGAUCACCAGCUGCAGCUUCAUACUCCUGGCAGCUUCAUGGGGGGGAGGGUGAGGGGAAGAGAUAAAUCCUUUUAUGUCCAGCUUACACAUAACAAACCAUUUCCUUAACAUGGGUCCCUUCCAACUGAAAAACAUGGAGGGGGUGGAAGAUUUUCUAGACAGGAUGCACAGCUCCCUCUGUAACGUUCAGUCUUCCCAGUCUUUGACAGAUCCUCUGAAAGGAGUCAAGGAACAGAACAUUUCAGGCCAAAGACAACUUCACUUCCCAGUUUGUUUCUUGCUGUUUUGUCCUAUUGCUUCUUUGUCUGGUGUACAUACGUCAGUUCUGAGACUGCGCAGUUAUUAUGGGUUGUUUUGGCGCUUUAAACAGCUGAUUACACUGUUUGAUUUCUUACACCCCCUGUUUAUGAAAUUUCUAUACUGCCUUGCCUGGUGGAAAGCUGAGCUGGAAUUCUUUUCAAAAAUUAAUCCAUUUUGAAAAUAAUUGACUAGAGAUAAGCCUGAAAUUUGUGUGGAGUUUGGGGCAGAUCAGUGACAGCUGGAGAAUCAAACACAACAAGCAAAUAGAAUCGUACCUUGGAAGUCCAACGGAAUCCAUUUCCGAAAGUCCUAUCGACUUCCAAAACGUUCGGAAACCAAAGCGUGGGUUCUGAUUGGCUGCAGGAAGCUCCUGCAGCCAAUUAGAAGCCCCGUCGGACAUUAGGCUUCCAAAAAUAGUUCACGAACCGGAACAGUCACUUCCGGGUUUGCAAUGUUUGGGAGCCAAAAAGUUUGAGAACUAAACUGUUUGAAAAGCAAGGCACAACUGUACAUGACAUGCCUUAUGACUUAUAGGCCAUAAUUUGAAUAGCAUUUAGAAUGAUCUUCCUAAAAUGGAAAUUGCAGAAUGCUCCCCAAAAGUAUACAUUUCCUACAAGAGACACAAGACUUCUGAUUCCUGAGUAUGCUGAAGCUAUCCCAUAAUUUAAAAAAUGGCUGGAAUACUCUGCUCUAGGGGGAAGUAAGUUGGCUACGCAGAAAGUCAAGUGACUUAUCACAACAUACAUGAGAAAAAGGGUAUGUACAUUACUUUCAGAUUUAUCUUUUGUCAGAAACAAGUUGCCGCCCAUGUGAAAGUUCUGACAGAACGGAGGGAGAAGCUGAAGGAAUUAAAAGAAGACCUGGAGUGCAGAAGGCAGGCUGAUCAGGUGAGAGCUUGUCUACAAGAAGAACCAGGAGGUGCGGGAAAUUGUGAUGAGGGUUUUCUAGAAAAUUUUGAAUUGCAAAUUAGGGUAAUUUGCAUCAGAAGAUUUUCAGUCCACUGGAAAACCCAAGAGGGUGGUCUAACUUAGGAAGUCUAUUUCAGCUGUGUUUAGUAAACAAAGCUGAAAACUUUGAAACUUCCUAAGUUGCCUAAUGUUUGUAUUUGCAAAUGGCAUGCGUUCAUUGUUACGAAUGAACUUAUGAAACAGAUUUUUUUUCCCCUGUGGUGAAAAAAGCACUGGGGGAAAAACUGUUUUGGAGAAAUUUCAAGGGAAAUUUCUCUGCACCACAUCACUGGAGAAAGAGAAGACUGUUUCUUCUGUUGUUGAAGGAGGUAGGUGCCUUAAUAAACUGGAUCAAAUUUCUCUUACAUGUUGUGAACCAUUAUCUGUUCAGUCUGUUUGUACCUAUGAUUCAGUUAGACUGAACCUGUCAUCUCCAGUGACUUGGUACACUUCGCACAGUGGUACAGAAGGUCUUUCAUCUCCAGUAUGUCCCCUGGCUGAAAUGCCAGAGACCCAACUGCUGGUCAGUGUGGACAAUGUUGAGCUAACCAAUAGUCUGACUCUCUGAAACAAUGGAAACUGCCUUACGUUAUAUUCCUUUGAGCAGGUACCCAACCCUGGUUAGGGUACCAAUGUGAGAGCAUCAGGGAUAUUUGUACGUCCGCUUCCUUGUGCUGUUUCACCAUCCCACCUGGCCCUUCUCCUGCUCCUUACAGGAUGAUGUACAAAGUGAGAAGCAGAAGGUGGAGUCUGAAUUUAAUCAGAUCCACGAGUUCAUGGAAAAAAUUGAGCGCUUCCUGGUUAUCAUGCUGAAGAAGUUUGACAAGGAGAUUGUGCACAGGAGAGACGUGGAAUCCGGCAGGUUCUCAGGGGAGAUUGAUCGCCUCGAUGCCUUGAUCAGCGAAGUUGAGAACAAGUGCCAACAGCCUGCCAGUGAAUUCCUGCAGGUGAGAUUCUGUGGAGGGCUUUUUGCCUCUCCUGGGUUUCAGCGCUAAAGCCAAAAAUGCAGAAACAGCCACCUGAAAAGAAAAGAGGUGCCAUACCUUGUUUCAUUUGUGUUGCAUGCACUGAAACUUCCUUGGUGUGUGACAUUUGCUAGGAGAGGGAUUUGAGGAGUGCAGCCCUGCGUGUUCUCCUUUUUUUAUAUAUUUCUUUUUUAAAAAAAAUUUUAUUGAUACAGCAAGAAAAAGAAAAAACACAAAUACCAAAUUACACACAAGAAUAACCAUAGGCACAUAAUUUUCUUAACAAACAAUAAAACAUAUAUUGGUCUUAACACUAAAGACCCAACCUCCUGUCUAUUCCAUAUUUCGAUUUCAUAUUACUUAUUGCCAAUACACACUUUUAUCAUAAUUAAACUUUUGCUUAAUAUAUCUAAUUUCUUAUAUCUACCUUGUAACUAUUACCGAAGUUCCUCGAAUGCUGUAACAGAAUUUAAACUACUAUAUUUAUUUUUCAAAUAUUUUUUGAAAACCUCCCAUUUUGAAACAAAUUCCUGCUCAUUUUCCUUGAUCACUCAGUGGUUUUUGGACACUGUUGACCAUGAUAUCCUUCUAGAGCCGUGGUUCCCAACGUGGGGCACACGCCCCACGAGGGGGCAUUUUGAUUUUUUAAUAAUAUUUUAUUAAGUUUCCAUUUCAUAAUAUAUAAACAUCCAUAUUGCUCACAAUAAAUUUUUGCUCGUUUGAGCUGGUCAACUCCCCCCCCCCCCGCCUUGUGGCUACCAUAAUUCCUAUCUAUUUCAUUGCAUUUGUACCUCUUCCUCCUUACAUUUCAUCCAUUUCCAUUUUUUACAUUUUAAAUAAACAUAAAAGGUAUAAAUCAUAAACAUUACAAGUCUUCUUAAGUCAAUCCUGCUAGUGUUGUUAAUUGUUUGCAAUUGUCUUUCAAAUAUUGUAUAAAAUUACUCCCGUCUUUUUGGAAAGCUUGAUCACGCUGGUUUCGGGUUUCCACGGUCAGCUUUGCUAGUUGUGCUUAUUCCAUUUUUAAGGGGGGAAAUUUGAUUUUUAAGGGGGGCAAUUGGAACUUGUUUAGACCAAGUUAAUGUCCUUUUAGGCUUCCUCCAUGUGAAUAGGAGUUCACUUUUUGAAUAAUAAGAAUUAUAUGUUACCGGGGGGCAGGGGGUGGGCAAUCAGGAUUUUAGAGAUGCCUAGGUGGGGCAUGACCAAAAAAAGGUUGGGAACCACUGAGUCUCGGGGAGGUCAGCAUUUUGGGCAAUGUGCUUAAGUGUUUCCACUCCUACCUCCAGAAAGUAGCCAUGGGAGGCUGUUCUUCGGUGCCAGACAUCAGCGCAACUCUGUGCACCUGCGACUCCCAGCAAUUGGCACCCAGGGGCAUGAUGCCUCUGGCAGUGAAGGUAAAACACAGCCAUCUUGGCUGGUAGGCAUUGGUAGCCUUGUUCUCCGUGAAUUUGUCUAACCUUCUUUUAACUCCAUCACUGUGCCGUAUGGGAGGGAGUAUAUGGUUACCGGACGUCCCCGUUUCCUGGGGACAGUCCCUGGAUUUAUAAAUCUGUCCCCGGACAAAAUCCGUCCCUGGAAUGUCCACGGGUUUAAUUUAAUUUCCCCAGAUUUAUAUUUUAAGUGUUGUAAAUUUAUUAGUAGGGAAUGAAUGUUGUGUGAUUGGUUCAACGGCACAAGACACAUCAUAUGGGGACUUCUGGUGAGGCAAAAUGGCAGGCGCCAUGGCAGCGGGCAGCUCCUGAAGCCAGCCAGAGCCAACUGCGCUACCAGGCUGGCUCCGGGCUGCUGAGACUGCCACUGCCGAGGGGGGACUGGGGAUGUCUGGCGCAUCAACUGGGGGAACCGCUGACAUACACCCCCGCAACCCAAAUCGAACCGGGAGCGAGAGCGCCUUGCCACCUGGCUGACUGUCCAAUGGGGCUCUGGGGCCAGGAAAACCCCGGAGCCAACACAGGGAGAAGGAGGCGAGGAGAAGGAAGAGAGAGAAAGAGGAAGGAGAAAAAAGAGGGGAGCCCUGACCUUGCUGCCGCCACCACCGCUGAGGAGAGGUAGGAGAGCAUCAGUAGGGCAAGGCCUGACCCGAGCCUACUCCAUGGCAGCUAGCGCUUCAAGAGAGCAGGCCGGAGCCCAGAGGAAGGCCGUGCGGCAGAGGAGAAUAUAAAAGAGAAGAUAUUACUUCUUUUUUUAAAAAAAUAACUUUUAAAAAUAACUUUUUUUUCUCUUUUUUUAUAAAAAGGUGUCCCCGGAUUCUUUGAAAAAAAAAUCUGGUAACCUUAAGGGAGUACCAUUGUUUUCUAUGAGCUGUGUGAAGAAGCACUUCCUUUCCCCUGCCCUGUAUUUUCAUUUAAUGCCCACAAGUUCCUCAUUCAGCUUUACAACCUUGCAAGUUGUCCCUUUUUAUUUGGCCAGGAGACUGAAAUUCUGAGGUCUUAACAAAAAUACCCAGUGAUUCUUGUGGCAGAAGUGGAUUUUAAAUACUUAUUCUAUAACAAAUAUUUUCGGAGUCGUGCUCUUUCCAUUUCCUCCCUAAUUUCUAAGCCUUUCAGCUAAUAUUUAUGGCAUAAUAAAUGUAGGAAUGAUCUUCUUUUUCUUUUCUUCCCUUGUCUCCAGGACAUCAGGAACAUUUUGAGCAGGUAGGUAACACUUUUGCAGAUCUCACUUUAUCGGCAUAGGAAAAACUGAGAAAGCUUUCCUCAAAUCCAUUCUAAUCAAAACCUAGCUUAUUCCUGCCUCUUUGGCCCCCCAAACACAGUAAUUCCACAUUUUCUCCCCCUUCCUGUCCCAGGGCCAUAUGUGCAAAGCUUACCCUUUUGUGGCACAGGGGCCCUACAUCAAAACAAGCUUUCCAUAUUCCCUAAGCGGUGGAACUUUCCCAGCAGAAGUUAGAAUGUUUACGAAUAUUCUGUAACAUCAUAACAUUGCAGUUUGGGAAAGGGGGCUUGCAGCUCUUAAAUGCUCUGACCACAUAUGGAAAAUGCUGGGAACACAAUGUAACGCUUUCACGUUUCCCAUUCUAGAUGUAAAGAAGGACAGAUUUCACAGAUGGCGGAAAUUGCUUCCUCUCCGACUGAGCUGGAAAAGAAACUUGGGCAUUUCAGUCUGAAAAAUAUUGUUAUCAAGGAGGCACUGGAGAAAUGUCGAGGUACCGAGAAGGACAAAUGAUAGCUUAGGACCGUGUAAAAUACACAAGAAUCUCCAUACUUUGGGCUGAAUUUCCGUACUGUGGGCUGCAUCUAAUGUUCUCUGUCCACUUGUGCAAAUUGCAUGAUCUGUUCUCCAACACAGUUAACAGCAACCUGCUUGUGCAUUCUGCUGGUGCGAAAUAUUUCAUCAGUGGAGCAAGUAUACUUCUAAGUGACUUUAACUUAGUGCUAUGUGGGAUACAACUUCCUUUUGUCUUCAGAUCCAACAAUGCAGUGCGCAGACAUGUGGACAUGAGCAAUGCGGGUUCUGCUUGAAAAAAAAGUACCAAUUUUAUGUCCAGUAAAUAUAUGAUUGGGACGCGGGUGGCGUUGUGGGUUAAAGCACAGAGCCUAGGACUUGCUGAUCAGAAGGUCGGCGGUUCGAAUCCCCGUGAUGGGGUGAGCUCCUGUUGCUCGGUCCCUGCUCCUGCCAGCCUAGGAGUUCUAAAGCACGUCAAAGUGCAAGUAGAUAAAUAGGUACCGCUCCGGCGGGAAGGUAAACGGCCUUUCCAUGCGCUGCUCUGGUUCGCCAGAAGUGGCUUAGUCAUGCUGGCCACAUGACUCGGAAGCUGUACGCCGGCUCCCUUGGCCAAUAAAGCGAGAUGAGCGCCGCAACCCCAGAGUCGGUCACAACUGGACCUAAUGGUCAGAGGUCUCUUUACCUUUAAAUAUAUGAUUGGUUGAAAGCAAGUAAUGUGGUAGGAGUAAGAGCAGUGGAGAGGUGGGUGGAGAAGAAGAACAGAAAUGGAGUUUUUAGGCAAGGGCCAUGAAAGGGCUGUUCAGAGCACUUCAGCACUGUCUAUUGUCUCCUAAGUACCAAACUUAUUACUCGCACCUUUCCCCCCUUUCACAGCUCAUAUAACACAGGAGACCUCUUGUUUUGGGGCAUACACAAGCUUUCCCCCCUGGCCAGAUCACCUAUCACUCCGCUUAUAGCAGCUACACCGAUGCACAUUAUUUAACGGAUGCGGGUGGCGCUGUGGGUUAAACCACAGAGCCUAGGACUUGCUGAUCAGAUGGUCGGCGGUUCGAAUCCCCGCGACGGGGUGAGCUCCCGUUGUUCGGUCCCUGCUCCUGCCAACCUAGCAAUUCGAAAGCAUGCCAGUGCAAGUAGAUAAAUAGGUACCGCUCCGGUGGGAAGGUCAACGGCGUUUCCGUGCGCUGCUCUGGUUCGCCAGAAGCGGCUUAGUCAUGCUGGCCACAUGACCCGGAAGCUGUACACCGGCUCCCUCAGCCAAUAAAGCGAGAUGAGCGCCGCAACCCCAGAGUCAGACACGACUGGACCUAAUGGUCAGGGGUCCCUUUACUUUUAUAUUCGGUGAUACACCUUUUUCCUCUCAGUAGCUAGAGCAUGUCCAUCAGCAUUCUGUGGCAGGUCACCUUCUGCUGAUUCACCUGCUUCGUGCUUUCUGACUUUUCACCAGAGUGCUACUGCAUAUUUCCCCUGAAGCAGCUGUCUUGCACCCAUGAGGGCUAUAAACUUGAAAAAGAACUAUGGCAAUAGGCAUGCUUAAGCACCACUCUUAAAUACCACAUUCUGUAGCUCUCACAGCCUACCCAGUUUCCCCACUGAAGUGACAUUACAUAAAAUAAUUCGAUCUCUUGCGCCUUUUCCUCCCCUCCUUACUGAGAUCAUAUCUAAUGCUUCACCUUUAUUUAGUAGCAAGAGUAAAUAUUCCUGAUUCUUAAACCCUUCUCUCUUUCUAGAGACAAUGAUAUCUGAAUUGGCAAAAGCAAGGACAAUGGAAGCAUCAGCUAAAAGGAGUAAGUUGUGUUUUUUGGGGGGGAAACUGGAUAGUCACUUUCUAAGAAGCUGAGAGCAAUGUUGAUUUGGGGCCUCUUGUCCAACUCUGAGAAAUGGCUUCACAUGGUGAGGGAUGGUGGUAUUUAUGGCUUCAUCUUGUACAGCAAUAAUUUCACAGGAAAAGGGAGGGCCUUGAACAGCUUCAGUCACCUCACCCUCUUUGCUCCCCUCCCAUUUCCUUUCCUUCAGAGGGUGGAAGGAAUCUGUCGCCAUGACAACACACAGCCCAAGUCCUUAUUGUGAGGGAAAGUAAACAUAAGAAAUUGUUGCUCUUGUCCAUGACUUAGGACCUGGAGUUUGGGGAUGUAGUAUGUAUCUGGGGAUCCCUGAGAUUUUUCCUAGGCCCCCCCCCCCCCCUCAAAUAAGUGGUCUUUCCACUUUAGAGUAGGAGAAAGUGAGGCUUUGUAUUCUUGGGCUUCCCCAUUGCUAUUGCUGCUGCCACAAUCCCAUUAAAGGAGACUGCAGCUGGGCAGAAGAUCAUUUUCCAGACAAAUGCUUCACUUACGGGAUGCUGUACAUGUCAAAUUCAGUCCUAGGCGCCUCCAGUUAUUAAUAUUGCUAAUUAUUCUUCGUUUGUCACAUUUUUGCACUAGUGUGCCUCAAGGCGACUUGCCCAAUAAAAAUAGAAGUAACAAACCAGGCAUUAAAACAGCAAUAAACAAAAGCUGAAAUACAUUUCAAGGGACAAAUCAUACCCACCCUUCUUAAAGGAUGAGUACAGAAAAUGCCAACCACCCUCCCAGUUAAAAAUCAAAAGUCUUGUCUAAAACCAGACAUUGAUGGUGCCAAGAGUGCUUCUCCAGGAGGAACAUUUUAACUGGAAAGCCACCACAGAAAAGGCCCAGUUAAAAGAUCAGGUAGCAAAUGUUGCAAAAGCUCUUGGCCUGACUGCUGGUACCAGUCAGAGUAGACAAUAUUGGUCUAGAUAUGCUGGCCCAAGCUCUCUCAGCUUCAUGGUUGAGCAAGGAUUUGAACCAAAGCCUUCUCAGUCCUAAUCUAACACUGGUUAAUACAAGACAGGGGAAUGUGUUGCCCUCAAGAUGUUCCUGGACUCCAGCUCCCAUCAGUCUCAGCCAGCGUGGCCAACAGCCAGGGAUGCUGGGAGUUGAAGGGCAAUAAUUCGUUCCGGAGGUCCAUUCUUAACCUUGAAACUGUUCUUAACCUGAAGCACCACUUUAGCUAAUGGGGCCUCCCCCUGCCGCCGCGCCGCUGGAGCACAAUUUCUGUUCUCAUCCUGAAGCAAAGUUCUUAACCCGAGGUACUAUUUCUGGGUUAGCGGGGUCUGUAACCUGAUGCAUCUGUAACCUGAAGCGUAUGUAACCCGAAGUACCACUGUAAUUAAAAUGCACAUUUAAAACAAUUCCCUCAAAAUUUAUUAAAAACAUCCAUAAUCAAACAAGCUCAUUAAAAAGUGUAACCAUUAGAACAGUUAAAUGAGCAGCCAAAACAAUUAGAUCAAGUGGUCUAAAUUUUAAUUCUUUUGUUUACUUUUAUUUCUUUUGAAGACCCUGCUCUAGCUUGCAUUGGGCUUUCCCGGAUCUGAUUGUAAAAAGCUGUCUUUCCUUUUUGUCAAGCUCUUCUGAUUGUUUUCCGUUUGUCUGUUUCUCCUCAGUAAGCGUUACUCUCGACCCCGACACGGCUCAUCCCCUCCUUGUGGUGAGCGAAGACAGGAAAAGCGUGAAACGUGGAGACAUGGUUCAGCCACUGCCCAACAACCCUGAGAGAUUUGACUCCACUCUGAUUCUCCUGGGCAGUGAGAGAUUCUCCUCAGGGGUACAUUACUGGGAGGUGGAGGUGGGUAAUGGGCAAAACUGGGCCCUUGGCGUGGUCAAAGAGUCUGUGAUAAGGAAGGGACCUGUUGUCACUUGCCCCAAUGAAGGCGUCUGGGCUUUGGGACUCUGUGGGAAUGAGUACAGGGCUUUCACUUUAGCCGAGACUCGUCUGACCCUAGAUGAAGCCCCGGAGAAAAUCCAGGUAUUUGUGCAUUAUGAAAGGGGUUGGGUGGCCUUUUUUGACGCUGGUUAUAUGUCCCUCCUUUUUAUUUUCCAGUCAGCUAAUUUCUGUGGGGAGAGAAUUUGUCCUUUCUUUAAAUUGUGGGGCCUAACUACAGAGCUUAGAAUGUGCCCCUGAAAACAGCCUCUGCAAUAUGUUGGUCCAGCUUGUUUUUGCAAUUCCAUUCCAUUCAUAAUUUUGUACAGAAACACAGAAAUUGGCAAAGAAUUUUCAUUUUGAAAGGAUUUUUACUUUUAACUCCAUGAAGAGAAGGAAGCCUUCAUUUGUGGAAGAAGAGUUGCACCUUCCAUGAGCGCAAGCUCCUUCUAUUCACAGCUAAAAAGUUAGGCUAAAAAUCUGGUUUUUUAAAUACGUAAAGGAGCAAACCCGUCCCAAAUCAUUUUAAUUUAAAAGAAAACAACUUCUAAGUUCACAUAAUUCUAGAGAGGGAGAAAGAGCAUUUUGCAUCAUAAGAAACAUUUAAGUGCAGGCUGAAUAUUAUAAAUACAUUUCUAUACACUUUUAUAUUGUAUUAUCUCAGCUAGCAUUCAUAUUUCUACUUAACUUGCAUUCUCACCAUCCUCCCCACUGAUCUUGUUGGCUGGGGCUGAUAGGAGUCAAAGUCCGACAUCUCGAGGGCCACAGGUUCCCACUCUGGAUUUAAGCUAUGGUUUGCUUAACAAGCCAUGAGUUAAUUGCAAGUUGCCUCAUAGACAGACAAACCAUGGCUUGUUUCUCCAGAGUUUGGUUUGUUUGCUAGUUGCUCUUACCUCAUUCCUUUGAAGCUUGGUGAGUAUCUGGGGUGGAAUGGCCAAACCAGUUCACAAUUAAGGAAGAGUGUACUGGGUUCACAUUUAAGAGGAAGCCAUAGUCAAGUUUCAUAAGCCAGCAGCAAGCUCUGCUUUUAGAUUGUGGUUUGUUGACAGUAAACACACUAUUAAGGCUUUCUGUAGGGUUCACACAUAAUGCUCAGCCACGGUUUAAUAAACGAUAGUUUAGUCCGGUCAUAAACCAGACCUUGCGUAUGUAUAGGAGUUUAUUAAAUACACACUUGUUUGUUCCCUGCAAUCCAGACAUCUUCCCUCAGGGCAGUGUCUGUGCUGCAGGAAUGCUUUGCCCCCCAACUCUCAGGCAGCAGUACCUCUGUCACUUGGAAAACAAGAUGCUUUGCUUAGCAAGCUUAUGGCUAACAGAAGUGUGCUCUGUGGCGCUGGUCUACAGCUGGUGGGUUGCGGCCCUAUCUAAGGUGGGUUGUAAAAGGAGCACUACCUCCAUGCUAAUAUACGGUUAAAGAUUAAGAAGUGGGUCCCCAAAUGUAUGUUGCAGUGAAAAUUGGGUCCUGGGGCUGAAAAGGUUGAAGAUACCUGCUCUAAGGAACGUGGCUGUGUUUGACUUACCUGCACUGCAUCCAGUGGGUGGCCACUCGCAUCAGCAGUGGUGACCAACGCAACACUUGCUUCUCCCAUGUCAACCCUAUCAGACAACCUUUCACAUGCUUCUUAUUCCGAGUUUAUGCAACAGAUGCUGCUGUACCACUUCAGCAUAUGAGCACUUAUCCUACCCCAUUUAUUUUAUUGUUAUUUGUUUCUUUAAAAGGAAGGCUUUCCCUUUUUCCAUGUCACUGGCACGCUGGAGAUCAUAGAAUUGUAGUAUUGCAAUCUAGUCGAAGCCCCUGCAAUGCAGGAAUGUCAACUCAAUCAUUCAAGACACAAUGACCACCCAAACUCUGCUUAAUAGCCUCCAGGGAAGGAGAGUUCACCAUUUCUUCUGGGAGUCUGUUCCACUGUCAAACAACUCUUCCUGCCAGAAAGUUAUUCCCAAUGUUUAGUCGGAAUCUCCUUUCUUGGCAGCAAGUUAGCGGAAAGUGGUAUGUAUAACGCUUGCACCUUAGGAGCUUAUGUAAAUGAGUGCUUUGCUAAUUACUGAAAUCCCAGUCACUUGUCCCCCCUCGGUCUGGAUGUGUGCGGGACAUCCUGGCAUCUUAGUUAUGUGCAAAAUUGAUAACAUACUGCAUUGAAAUAGAAUGAAGACUUGAAAGAUGCAAAGAUUAAAAGGCAGUAGGAGUUCCCUGCCUUGAUGGAUAAACCCAGAAAAGUAAGGACGGAUGUACGGAGUAGUCCUUGGCUAUAUUUUCGCUGCAUAGUUAAAUGGUUAUGGCUUUCCAGGAUCCCUGGAAUUUGUAGAUUUUCCACAACAGAAUUUGGAAAUAUCCAUUCCCACCAUCGGGAUCCCUUGUGAGAACAGCACAGUGGCUAGUCUGGCCUAGUUGAGGUUUACCAAAGCAGCCACAGCUUCAAUCCAUAAACCAGAUAAACCAGAGUCUUUGCUUUUAGGUUGUUUUUAAGUCCUUUGUUUUCACUGCGGCAAAACAGGAUUAAGGGGGAUUUGCUGGAUUAUGGCUCCACUUCUUACACACUUACCUGGGAGUAACUCCUCUCGAGCAUAAGACUUGCUUCUUAGUAAUCAUGUAUAGGAUUGCACUGUUAAGUGAUUUAUAAAUGGCUCCCACGCUGACACAUCUGCACUUUUGGAAGGUGUGUUUCAUUUUUGUUAAGGUUCAACAGAUUUGCAUAUAUUUUGAUCCAGAAAACUGUCGUGUCAUUGCAUUAAAAUUCCUUUUGUGAACAGAGAA